GCUGCUCCCCCGGCGCUGCGAGGGCUGAUGCAGCGGCGGCAGCAGCGGCUGCAGCUGCGGACGCAGGGGGCGGCUGGAGCUCCUGCUGGAGGUGGUGCGGAGGCGGCUGGUGGGGCGGCGGAAGCGGGGACGUCAGGGCAGAGCCGGGAAGGAGUGUCAGGACAGACGAACGGGGAGGAGUUAUUCGUUAUGCCAAGGGGCCUGCCCUCCCUGCCGCCCUGGCAGCAGCAGCGCAUGCGCACAUCCACGUCCGUGCUCGCUGGGAUGUACGAGUUACUCCGACACCCCGAGUACCGGCUGCCCCAGUUGGACCCACGGGUCAUCGAGCAGGAUCUGCCGCUGGUACGGCACGCCAGCCAGGUGCUGGCGACCCACGGGUCACUCGUGCGGCAGCGACUGCAGGACCACUGGCGCCGCGCGGCGCUGGAGCUGGAGCAACUGACGUUUGACGCGGUUCGCGCAUCGGAACCUGAUCCCUCCCUCCUCUACCAGCACCAAAGAGACCGCCAACAACGCCCCGCAGGCAGCAGCAGUUACGGCUACAGCUACGGCGGCGGAUCUGGCAACAGCCCAAAUGCUGCUGCCGUACAUUCCCCCUCAUCGUCGUACCUUCACCCUGCCCUCCUCACCGCUGCUUCCAUCAUGACGACGAAGACGACGACGACAAACAGGGUGGCCCAUGCACACCGCCAGCAUGCCGACCCCCAGUCGUCUCUUGGUGACACGACUGCUACUGCCGCCUCUGCCGCCGCCUCCGCUGCUCCCGCUUGCUGCUCCCCCUCCUCCUUAACCGCUUCCCGGAC